AUGGAGCCACCAGCAACCGAGGUGUCUUCGACCACAGACAAUGAUGAAGAACAAUAUCCUGAAGGUGUCAGAGUUGUACUCUUAAAUCUCCCGGAAGAUGAGGGCGAAGGGCUAGGGUUCCGACUCACCAGGACUCUAUGGGACCCGUAUCCUUGGGUACGGGAAGUAACACCAAACGGAAGAGCUGAUGAAGCAGGACUCAAACCAGGAGACUGUCUCCUACAAGCUGAUGGAAAGGACCUGCUUGGUCUCCCGGUGAGUCAAGUAGCUGGUCUGAUAAGAGGGGAUGGUGAAGGUGGAGGAGUCUCUCUGAUCGUGUGGAACUGUGGAGUGGAUCCCAAGGAUGACCCUGAGUUGCUAUGGAGCUGUGGCGGCGGUGUCCGCGGGGAGAAGUCCCGGCGCGCGCUGUCGGGCGUGGUGCGCGCGCUGGCGUGCUGCGUGUGCGCGUCCACCGCCACCAAGCCGCUGUCCUGCGCGCGCUCGCACGUCUACUGCGAACCUUGUUGGAUCAGGUUGGAGCGCUGUGCGUUAUGCAGGGAAGCUCUGCCAUCUAAGAACUCGCCUUACGCAAGGAACUUGGUUGCUGAACAGGUGUUCGAAGCGAUAGCGGCAGAAUACGAGCUGAAAAAUCCAAAAUUAAAGCGUCCUACACAAACUUCUUCAGCGUACACCUCACCAAACCGCUCCCGAAACACAUCACCUCGCAGAGGACAGUACCAACACUCAAUGAUGAAUAAAUACAAGAAAACCGUUCAUUUCCUGAAAAAUUCGGUCAAACCUACGCCUCAGAUCCUAAUAUACAUCGUUCUGUAAAUCGACCUACAAUUAACAAUUCUACCAAUCCUACCAUUUCUUCUGAAGCUGGCAACUCUGGCUGCAAAUGUCAAUGUCAAAGUGACAGUGACGUUCCGAAGAUUAAUGUUGAGAGUACGGACGGAAGUAAGUGCGUUGGGAGUGAUUGUUCGAGCUCGUCGCAAAGUUUAAGUAUACCACAUAAGCUGGUUGCGAGGUUAAGGCAAGCUUGUUCCCUCGCUGACUUAAACAAUGUUGUGGGACAAUGUUCCUUGUCACAGUCGUUGAAUAACUUGGGUGAUCAGUGCAAAAACUGCCACCACGGGUCUUUGGAUAAUUUGAAAAAUCAUUGCAAUAACAUUUGUGAUGCUCCAGUGCUUUUGGUACCCGCACCACCGAUCUAUGUGCUCACAUGUGAACAUUCCAGCAAGGAUUAA